AUGACGAUGAUGAGGAGGAAUCAGAUGCCCUUCUCCAAAAGCGUGCCAAGCGCAAACAAAUCACCAUUGAUAAAGGCACAAGCACAUCAAACGGAAGAAGAUGAUCAAGAGCCAUCUGAUACAAACAGGACCACCACUCGCAAGGUUGAGAUCAAGAAAGCAAGUGAACGCUAUAACUUGUCUUCUUUCUCUUACUGGACAGGGAAAGAUAUGUAUGACACCACCCAAGCUCGAGUGCAAGCUAUGAGGGCUGCGGCGGACCCUGACGAUGAUGCUAUCAUGGAGGAACUGGCCAAUCUCAGCAAGGAUCUCGACCGGUACAACCAAUCAGUCAAAGAUAAGAAGUUACAUCUCGAUGAAUUGAUAUCUCAAGGAUGUGAAGGUGAAGUCGAGAUUGUAGUCUAUGAUCCUGCUAUUUUUCGAAAGCGCCAUCAUUCCUCACAGAGUACUACUUCACACUCUCCGCGGGUCCUCCGCAAGCGACAGAAAGUGUUCCGGAACACAAGGGAAGAAGAAGCAGCACCUCCUGCAAUUCAAUCACGCAGACAAACCAAAGGACUCAAGCGUACCGAAAAAAAAGCCGCAUCCACAUUGGACGAGGACACCCAAUCAGCCUCGAAACAGUCUCAACGCACUGAAUCAUCCCCUGCGCCGCCAUCUGACUCUCUGUUCACGACUCCUAAUAUUGACUUGAAGGAACUGAAGGUUCUAUCCUUUGGGCAUUGGGGACCUAAGAUUCUUCGUAGAACUAAAGGUUCAUCUGGGAUCCAUCCCUAUGGGCAUUUGUAUACCCAUGUUUCUUCCAAACCUCGCCAAAACCAAUCACUUGGCGAGCUUUUGCUUUCCUUUCCCACUCACACUGAAAUCAUCAAAGAUGUGACCCCCGAUGAGUCUAAAUACAUCACCACUUUUGCCAAAUUCCUCACCUCGCAUCAAUUUGACUGGGGUAAAGCUUUAGGUUCCAGCGUCUGUAACAUCCUGUUCUGCUGGGCUCACGCUAUGCCACCAGCGCGAGUUAUUGGAGAUGAUGGAUCAAUGGGCGCCGAUAUUGCCCGUUUGACGCGCAUUUGCAACCAUCAUGAAAUGAUCAACUUACUCAAAACAGCUCCUAGGCUCUUGCAACUUGCUAUCCACAAUCAAUUCUUCACAGUGGACUCUAUCCAUUCGGAACUUGUUGAGGAGUCAACACACGUACCUUGGAAGGAGCGGAACGGAUUCUUCAAGGCUCUCCAUGCCAUGGCCUGUAGGACGGAUGACAAGCUCCAGUGGACUUCUGAACCUGGAAUUCAAUCUCGAUUGAAGACAGCGUAUUUAACCAUCAACCAAAUUGCCCUUGAUUGCAUCCGAAACCUCUCUUACAACACUCCGCAUGUCAACGUCAAGAUAAAAACCAGUGGUGAGCAUGCGGUUCCUUUGGACAUGGUUGAUCUAUCAAAGGGAAUAGGCUGGGUUUACCAGCAAAUCAUGGUUCGUGGAAAUGGACAGGGAGAUGAAGGUCAUGAAGUCAAGAAAUUUUAUAAACAUGGAAUGGAAUGGCUUCAGUGGCGCUACUUGAUAGUUUUGAUUGGGGUAAUGCUUAUAUACAAAAGAGAUAUGUACAAUCAAAAGUUUGAUCAAUACCUACUAGAAAAGAAAAGGACAAAAACGGAAAUCAAAAACAUGAAGAAGCAGCUCAAAGAUGCAACAUGCCUCAAUCAAUUAUCUCACAACUGGGUCACUCUUCAUCCUGAAAGAGCUAUCAAACCAUCAAAUGAUAAGAACGAUGCGAUGGUGAAGGUUACUCAGGACGACAUGAGAGUCAAAGCAGUCCGUGAUGCAAGCGAACUUCGAAGUGAGGCCCUCAGAGCUCUAAGUCUCUUCCUGCUCUAUGGCACCUCUGGCCUAUUCCACGUUUGGCCAGCUCAGCUCUUUUACGGACACCCAUGGAGCCACUUGGACAAUCAUAUGAUGACCUUGCUUUCACAAUUUGUCAGCGACAAAGGCAUCUUUCGAAAGGAUCUUGAUUGGCCUGGUAUGACGGUCUACACCCCUGCUCAGAGUCGGACUCCUGGAGGCUUAGAGGCUCCGCACGUAUUCUUUGAAGGCAAAAAUAAAUUACCGGUCUUGUCUUUCAAAACCAAGGAUGUACAUGAUAUCCUCACGGUAAGUACUGGAGAAGCUGAUGAUGAUGAAUGGUCUGAAAAAAGGGAAAAGGCAAGUCACAGGAAAGGCAAAGGCAAGGCUAAAGCCUAG